AUGGGCUGUUACAUGCCCUUUGUCUCGGUACCAACAAGCAAAACCAUGGCCGGAAGUACUGGUUCCUACUUAAAACUGCUCAUAACGGUUUGCCUUCUGAUGUGUUUGAUGGUUUACAGUACUUGGUUCGUUUUGUUUUUCUUCACUGAGCGACAGUACCAAUUUGAGCCUUGUAGCGACUUAGAAAAAAUCAUAAGAACCGUGGGCAUUAUUCGUUUUGCAAAUUUGCCCGUUUACGAAUCGAUUAUUUGGUGUAUUCCGGAACCAUUGAUGUUAUUGGUGUGCAUAUUUUCCUAUUUCGGCUUCAAAAAACUCACCAAAGAAGUUGCGGUGGUGACUCGCCGAAGAGGCGAAAAACUUAAAAUGCAAGCUCGGGAAAUUAAUCGUAAAAAAUUGCUGACAAUACUUUUCACUGUUGGCAAAUGGCUUACGUGUUUGAUGCUUUGUCUAACGGCUACUUUGAAACCGUCAGCAUUUGGUGCAGUUUAUUAUGUCAUGUUUUUAACGUUGCUGACUAAUUGGGCUUGUGAUCGUACUCUAGGAAGGGUAUUUGCACGCAUUCUAGCCUGCCUGAUUCCAAUUAUCUUUUUGAAUAUUACUAUAAUGAUUUUUUAUCAGUUUCAAUACUUUCACGACAGUGAAUUGUUUAGUACUUAUUCAAUUUGGGGCAGACUUUUCCACUUAGUGGAUUUAAAAACUUACCAAGAUUGUACUGAUCCGAGAAUUUUCAAAUUUUAUCCGCACUCGAAUGCCACUUAUGCUGUACCUGUGUGCCUUUUUGUGCUUUAUCAGUUAAUAAUUUUGAUUUCAAGAGAAAUACUCGAAGCUAAGGAUGGCAUUUUAAGUUUUCUUUGGGUUUUUUUCCGAUGUUGUAGAAGAAAUGCCGUUGCCGCAAAAUGGAGACAAACAAUCAGGAAAGUUAGGGAUAAUCUUGAAGAUAGGAAGGCAAUGAGGAUUACGACUCUUUUGAUGGCCGAUAGGGUCAAAUAUUUCAUGAUCCAAAUUAUGCAGUUACUCAUGACGGUGACUUAUGUGUUUGCCAAUAUUGUGAUCAUGGUCUGGGCAAUCAGCUACGUAACCUGGUCAAGCCUGAUACUCCUGUUUUACGCAAAUAUAGUAUGGCUCUUGCCCUUCAGAAGACAAGUAAUGCUUAGCACGAGCCCUUUUUUGGUGUUUUUCAUGGUCGUCUUACUGCUAACGGCCUAUGCCUAUUCCUUAGACUUAACCAGAGAAGAACUCCCUACUAAAAUAGGAAUAUUUGAUUUUUCGAUUUUAGUUUGUAAUAUUGACAGUCAACAAAAAUGGUUGACGCUAAUGACGAAAUCGCUUAUGGCUUGUGUAGUUUUCGCUUCCAUGGGGCAAUAUUUUCGGGAAAGAUCGUUGAGAAAAUUAGCCAAGACUAGCAGGAAGUCAAUGUUUGGCAUGACUCCAUUAAUGCUAGCAGUUAAAGCUAGAUUAAAAACCUCUUUUAUAACUCGCUUUCAAAAUUUAAUUUUCGAGUUUCUUGGCUUAUGGUGGAUAUGGAUAGUAACAAUCACUAUGAUUGGUAUAGAGUUUUGGACAGACAUCACUCUAUUCAAAAUGGUUUUUGUUGCUUUUGUGAUUAUAUUUUUAAUAACAUUUCAACAGAAUUUCUUCCAAGAGGAAUUCAACAGGAUCACUUCGCCGGUUGAUCCAGAAGAAUUGGCCGAAGAAGAGGAGGAAUUGAAGAAGAAAAAUUCCGCAUGGACGAAACUGGUAUUACUAUUCCACAAAAUCCGUGACGUAUUUUUCGCCUUCCUGGAAGCCUAUUUACUCAAUCUAAUCCUCCUGAUUGGUUGGUACAUGUGCCUUUAUGACAUGGGUGCAGUUUUUGUCCCGGUUGUAAUGUUGCUAAUCUGUGCCUGUUUGUUUGGUAGAAAAAUAGCCAAUCCUGUUGUCCAUUUGGUAUCGAUUUGCGUGCAAUUAUUAAUUAUUCUAAGGAUGAUCUACAUGCAUCAGUACCGGUAUCAUCGUGAGUGGGACUAUACUGGAGAAUAUAUCAAAAAUGGGGAAACUCAUAAUGUUACCUUGAACAGUGCAGAUUGGUUUGGGUUUCAUCAACCCAGCAAAGAUAUGUACACUGCGGAUUUUUGGCAAUUGGCUUGGUGUUUUGGAUACGUUUUCUCUGUAGUGAUGCAUCGCAUAGUGACGAUAAGGAUGGCCAAUUAUCGUUUUUCAAGAGAACUACCUAAGCCAAAGCCUAUUGUAAUGUUUCCCGAUGUUACCUGGAAAAAUUGUCACGACACUACUGGAAAUUUGCUUAAAUUCUUAGCGAAUUAUGGAUUUUACAAAUUUGGAUGCGAAGUAAGUUAUGGCUGGGAUUAUAUAGUUAUUAGAAUAAACGGUUGA